GGAUGGUGGAUGGAUAUUGCGGGGAUGCGUUGGUGUGUUUUUAUUGGUCUGGAAAAUGUUUUUCCUCAAAAUUUUAAGGAAAACAUUUUCCAAGAUAUUUAGUGCAUCCAAACAAGGGAAAAUAGGAAAACAUUUUCCUUCCUACCAAACACACCUUUAGUUACAAUUUUUUUGUCUUUGAAACUCAAUUAAGUUUAGCCACUUCCACAGUCUUGCUCUGACCUGUACACUUAGUUUCUUCCCUGCUAACAUCUGGCCCCACAUUUCCCUGCCAUGCCAAGCUCCCUGUCUGUUAUGUUACUUAUCCUUUUCUUAAAUUGAAAACUUUUUGGUCCUCCUUUUCUUUAUAUUAUCAUUUCCUAUUGUUGGAUGGCAUUGCUCAAUUUUAAUGAACUGAAAUAGAGAAUGGAAUAGUUUUAUCUAAAGCAAAAAGCGCAAAAAAGCUCUAAAGCGCAAAUAAAGUGUGGACUUUAAUGAAAAAAAAGCGCAAACGGAAGAAAUACAAAUACAUAUAUAUAUAGCAGUUUUGAUCUUCAUUUUCUUUUCCUUUGAUUCGUGCAACUAUAUGUUGGUCCGUGUACCACCAUUAUCGUAUUUAUCUGUGGUAGCUACUGUGUCUAUUUUCUCAUACUGCUUUAUCAUGGCUUUUUCGCUUUCGUUAGUUUCAUUUUCGUAUUGCUUUGAACUGUUUCUGCUUAUCUGACCUUUUCCCAUCAUGUUUUCUCUUGAGCCGAGGGUCUUCUAGAAACAGCCUCUCUAUCUUCCGAGAUGGAGGUCCUCCAGCGAAGACAGGGAAUGGCCUCUGCUGGGCUAACAAUUAAGGAACUAAAUGACUUCCUUGAUCACUUGGCCUCCAGUGAAAACAGAGCAGAGAAGACUUCAAUUCUGUCUGAUAUAAUCAGGAAAACAAAUGCUCAAGAAAUGAAAUGGAUUAUAAUGAUAAUUCUCAAAGAUCUUAAGUUGGGAAUUAGCGAAAAAAGCAUCUUCCAUGAAUUCCAUCCAGAUGCAGAGGACUUAUUCAACGUCACAUGCGAUUUAAAACUAGUUUGUGAAAAGUUGAGUGACAGAAGUCAACGGCAUAAACGCCAGGACAUUGAAGUUGGAAAAGCUGUCCGCCCUCAGCUGGCUCUUAGGGUCAGCAAUGCGUCUGCUGCGUGGAAAAAGCUUCACGGGAAGGAAGUAGUUGUUGAGUGCAAAUUUGACGGGGAUCGCAUCCAGAUUCAUAAAAACAAUUCUGAGCUAAACUUCUUCUCAAGAAACUUUCUUGAUCAUCAAGAGUAUGCUCAUGGAAUGUCAGAUGUCAUUACACAGAAUAUUCUUGCUGACAAGUGCAUACUUGAUGGUGAAAUGUUGGUUUGGGAUGCAUCAAUGAACCGCUUUGCCGAGUUUGGUUCCAAUCAAGAAAUAGGGGAGCCAUGUUGGUCGAUCAUUGCUCGCAGUGUUGACGAUGUUGAUAAAUUCUUUAAAGAAACUGUCGAGAACAGAGAUGAAGGAAUUAUUUUGAAAGAUUUAAAUUCAAAAUGGGAACCAAGUGAUCGGAGUGGAAAAUGGCUAAAGAUGAAGCCUGAAUAUGUUCGUGCUGGCUCUGAUUUGGAUGUUCUUAUUAUCGGAGGCUACUAUGGUUCUGGGCGACGUGGAGGAGAGGUAGCUCAAUUUCUGGUGGGUCUUGCAGAGCCUCCGGCUCCAAAUACAUAUCCCAGAAGGUUCAUUUCUUUUUGCAGAGUGGGCACUGGAGUUUCUGAUGAGGAACGUAAUACCAUAGUAACUCGAUUAAAGCCCUAUUUCAGGAAGUAUGAGUACCCGAAGCAGGCACCACCAACUUUUUAUCAAGUAACAAAUAAUGCAAAAGAGCGACCCGACGUGUGGGUUGAAAGUCCAGAGAAAUCCAUCAUUGUUUCAAUUACAAGUGAUAUUAGAACAAUAAGAUCUGAGGUGUUUGCUGCGCCAUACAGCUUGAGAUUUCCGCGUAUUGAUCGAGUCAGAUAUGACAAGCCUUGGCAUGAGUGUCUUGAUGUGCAAUCAUUUGUUGAGCUGGUACAUUCAAGCAAUGGUACCACACAGAGGGAGGCCGAUUAUGGAGUUGGGCAGGAUCAUGAACCAAAGACCAUUAGGUCAACAAGAAAACGAGAGAAGAAGAAUGUUUCUGCAGUUCCUUCCCAUUUUGUUCAGACUGACGUGUCUCAAAUCAAGGGUGAAACAUCAAUAUUCUCUAACAUGAUGUUUUAUUUUGCUAAUAUGCCUUCAUCACAUACACUCGAUUCCUUGCACAAAAUGGUGGUUGAGCAUGGGGGUGCUUUCUCGAUGAAUUUGAAUAACUCAGUUACUCAUUGUCUAGCAGCUGAAAGCAGAGGUAUCAAGUUUCAAGCUGCAAAACUUCAUGGAGAUGUUAUUCAAAUCUCUUGGCUCUUUGACUGCUGUCUGCAAAAGAAGCUCCUUCCUUUACAGCCAAAGUAUUUUCUUUUCCUUUCUGAUUCAACAAAGAAAAAGAUGGAAGCAGAAGUGGAUGAAUAUUCUGAUUCUUUCUUCUCUGACCUCAGCAUUGAAGACAUUAAACAGGCUUUUAGCAAUAUAGAACACUCAGAAGACUCCAAAACUGUUGAGUACUACAAGAAUAAGUACUGUCCCGAGGAUAAAUGGGCUCGAUUUCAUGGUUGCUGCAUUUACUUUUUCAUUCCAAAGCGGUGUCUGAAAUAUUCAGAUUGCAAGGCUUUAGUGGAACUUGCUAUGAGAAGGAUGAAAGUUGAAAUUUCUGUAGGUGGUGGGAAAGUUGGUGACAAUCUUUGUCAUGCUACUCAUGUCGUCGUCAUGUCUCUACCAGAGUUUGACGUAAACUUCAAUGAAGUCUUAAAUAGUUUCUCAGAGGCUGAGAAGCAUGUUUUGUACAAUACAAAGCUGCAUGUAGUUGGAGCACGGUGGUUGGAGGAUUCCUUUAAAGAGGACCAGAAGUUGCAUGAGGGGAGUUACAGCCUAAAACCAAGCAAUUUUCAAGUGUCAAUUUCUGAGAAGAGACAUGAUAAGCUAAAAGGUAAUGCCAAAAGGUGCAAAAGACCAUCUUCCCCUGAUAAACAUGGAGUACAGAGCAAAGCUGAAGAAAUUUCAGACCAGUGCCGAGCUAUCACGCUACCAAAGAGGGAUAGAAAACGAGAUAGAGGAAGACCUACUGGUAGUGCUACAGAAAAAGGGAAAGCGCGGAUCAACAUGCCACGGAGAGUUAAACGCAAGGUCACAAAUAGACGUGCUAAAAUUCAUGAAAAUGAAUCUGAUGAAAGUGCUACUUCAGGUGAGCGUCUUCAUAAUGAUGAGAGUGAAGCGGCUGUUGGGACUCGUGGAACUGAUGAAACUUUUGAAGAGCGGAGUUCAGGAGUUCAAAAUGAGGAUGCUGUAAAAGAUUUGGAAUUUUCACGAGAUGGUGAAAUAUUUCCACAAGGGACUGCUGAAUGCAGUGUGAUUGGUGAAAGGUUGGACGAAGUUCACGAAACUUCAUAUGGAAGUGGAAAUAUUGCCAGGGGCAAAGACAGAGAUGAGAUGGAUGAAAAGGUGGAAGACCCUGUGGAUCCAGUCCAAGCUAUGCUACUGCAUAUGAUACCCCACUUGGAAAGUAAGCCAACCCAAAGCGUGGACACUCUUGUAAAGGACGACAAGCCAGAGGCAGAUACUAAUCCCAGUCCUAAAAAGAAAAAGAAAGUUAGCUAUAAAGAUGUAGCUGGUGAGUUGCUCAAAGAUUGGUGAAACCCUUUAUGCCCAUCCACCACUUUAAAAAGUUAUUAAGCUUUGUUUUGUUUCAUUUUGUAUUUCUCCAGGACCAUAUAAAUAUAAUAGUCUCUUUUGUGUUGUAUUUCUGGUGUAAAUGAUUAAAAACAGUUUAUACAUCAUUCUGUUAUUGUU